AUGAGGUUUUCAGUUCUAGCCCUUUCGGCACUUGCUGCCUCCACUUCGGCCUAUGUUGUACCAGAGGCACAGAAGAACAGUGUAGCGGCGCGUAUGGUGGGAAGUGGAUCUGUCCAAGCUUCAAACCUUGUCGCUGCUCUUGCUAGCCGUGACGUCGAGGCUCGUGAGCCUCACCACCGAGGCAAGGGCAAGGGCAAUGGUGCCGGAAAGAAGAACAACGCUCGUCAAGUAGACGAAGAAGAGGACGACGAUGCUCACUGGGCCGACCUUCACACUCGUGACCCCGAGCCCCAUCACAAAGGCAAGGGCAAGAACGCUGGCCAGGGCCAGGGAAAGAAGAACCAGCGCGACGUUGACGAGGAGGAAGACGAUUUCGACCUCGAGACCCGUGCGCCUCACCACAAGGGUAAAGGCAAGAACGCCGGCCAGGGUCAAGGCCAGGGCAAGAAGAACAACAAGGUCCGCGAUGCCUCACCAGAACCCCACCACAAGGGCAAGGGCAAGAACGCCGGUCAGGGCCAGGGCCAAGGCAAGAAGAACAACGCCCGCCAGGUUGAGCUUUCACAAGAGGAGGAUGAUGCUCACUGGGCUGAUCUCCAUACUCGCAACCCUGAGCCUCACCACAAGGGCAAGGGCAAGAACGCCGGUGGUCAAGGUCAGGGUCAAGGCAAGAAGAACAACGCCCGCCAGGCUGAGCUUUCACAAGAGGAGGACGAUGCUCACUGGGCUGAUCUCCACACUCGCAACCCUGAACCUCACCACAAGGGCAAGGGCAAGAACGCCGGUCAGGGCCAGGGCCAGGGAAAGAACAACAACAACCGCCGUGAAGCCUCUCCUGAGCCACAUCACAAGGGCAAGGGCAAGAACGCCGGUGGUCAAGGUCAGGGUCAAGGCAAGAAGAACAACGCUCGUCAAGUUGAGCUUUCACAAGAGGAGGAUGACGCUCACUGGGCUGAUCUCCAUACUCGCAACCCUGAGCCUCACCACAAGGGCAAGGGCAAGAACGCCGGUGGUCAAGGUCAGGGCCAAGGCAAGAAGAACAACAAGGUCCGCGAUGCCUCACCAGAACCCCACCACAAAGGCAAGGGCAAGAACGCCGGUCAAGGUCAGGGUCAGGGCAAGAAGAACAACCGCCGUGAAGCCUCUCCUGAGCCUCACCACAAGGGCAAAGGCAAGAACGCCGGCCAAGGCCAGGGUCAAGGCAAGAAGAACAACUAG